UGAACGACAUCUCUAACUUCUAUAAUAAACUUUCGCGUUUCAGACCAAAUCUAGAGACGACUUCUCGUCAAUUCAGUACCUGCCCAAUGAGCGCCACAACUUUCUGGGAACAGCCAUUUAUAUUUGUCUCUAGCGUCAAGUGAUCUCAUACCUACCGAAUCGCUCAAUCCGAAGCCGCUGGCUGCACAAGUCCGCCAUGCCUACCUUGGCAAUCACAAAUUUCAAUAUCGUGUGUGCUACGUUGGGAGGCUUCAUCACUGUUUUUGGGCUGGUGUCAUACCUCUUCAAGGAAAAGUUCUAUCUCUCAGAAGCACUCAUAUCUCUUGUGGCGGGUCUCAUAUUCUCACCUCACGCCACCAACUUUCUGCGGCCGGAGGAAUACGCACUGCACGAUGUUGAGACGCUGGAGACCAUCACCCUGUACUUCACGCGUCUCGUCCUCGGUGUCCAACUUGUUCUAGCUGGCGUCCAGCUACCCUCCAAGUACUUGAAAACAGAAUGGAAAAGCCUAGCUCUCCUUCUUGGCCCUGGGAUGACGGUCAUGUGGCUCGUCACCAGCCUUCUUGUUUUCGCGUUCGUUCCGCAUAUCAACUUUCUGCAAGCACUAGCCGUAGGCGCAUGCGUCACGCCAACAGAUCCCAUUUUGUCUAACUCGAUUGUGAAAGGCAAGUUUGCGGAUAAGAAUAUACCGAAGGAGUUGCAGAAGAUCAUCGUGGCCGAGUCUGGUGCGAAUGACGGCUUGGGCUACCCAUUCUUGUUCCUGCCACUUUAUUUAAUACAGCAUAUUGGACACAGUGGGCUAGGCCAAGACAAUAGCGUUAAGACUGCCAUUGGUUUGUGGUUUGGAGAGACAUGGGGCUACACGAUCUUGCUAAGCGUGCUGUAUGGGGCGACUGUGGGAUGGAUAGCGAAAGAACUGUUGCAUUGGGCUGAGGAGAAGAAUUACGUUGACCGAGAGUCAUUUUUGGUCUUUGCAAUCACUCUAGCUCUCUUCAUUGUUGGCACAUGUGGCAUGAUAGGAAGCGAUGAUGUGCUGGCAUGCUUCAUUGCUGGAAACACCUUUACCUGGGAUGACUGGUUCCGGCUCGAAACACUAGACGACUCCUUUCAACCCACUAUCGAUAUGCUCCUCAACGUAUCGAUCUUCAUCUGGUUCGGAGCCGUGUGUCCAUGGGCUGAGUUUUACCACAACAACGUCAUACCCAUCUACCGCCUGGUCUUCCUCGGCAUCCUAGUCUUACUACUUCGUCGUCCUCCUAUCAUUUUCGCAAUGCACAAGCAUAUUCACCAAAUCGAGGAGAAGAGACAAGCCUUGUUUGUGGGUUUUUUCGGUCCAAUAGGCGUCAGUGCUAUAUUUUACCUCUACGUCAGCCUAGAGUUUCUAAGGAAGAUCGAGGUCGAUGGUGAGAUCAGAGAAGAUGCAAGGUAUCUGAUGGAGGUCAUGAACGUCGUCAUUUGGUUCCUCACCAUUUGCUCUGUUGUCGUUCACGGUCUCAGCAUCCCCCUGGCAAAGCUUGGCUUCUUCAUCCCACGGACGCUUUCCAACGCGCUGUCUGCCGCUAGAGUUGAAGACGAGCCUUUCCACAUACAGAACACCGGCGUGGAAACACUCACAGAUGCCGAACAGAGACUCCGACGGCGGCCUGGGUUCGCUCGCAGUGGCGGCGACAGUCUUCCUCGGAGAGUUGUGCGCAUUGGAAGGUCGAUCAUCCAGAAUGGGGAAAAUUCGGAAAGUCACUCUAAGGUAUCUUCUCAAACACCUAAUCCGCUGUCCGCUAUUGCGCCGACUGUACGAGAGACAGGUGCUGCGAGCUCGGCUUCAAAUACUGGAGACGGCGCUCCACCCGUGCAAAGUGCUCAGCGAGCUAUACGCUUCACGGGCGAGUAAUCUGAGGUGGCCAAUGAUGAAGGUAAUCUUCGAUCAGAACAAGGCGUUUAUUAAACCAGAUGUCUCUGAGGACACGGUCUCCGAUUGUCUGGGAGAGGAACAGCACGACAAUAUGUACUCGGUGAAUAGUGGUGCUAAGACAUGUUUCCAUUAUCACUGACCGUUUCUGUCCUAAGACUUCUGGGCAAAAGCCACCCCGGUUUCAUAAUCCAUGACUAAUAACGCCGAAGGAUUGACCACCUGUGCAGCUUCAACUUUCGCUCGUCUUUCCUCUAUUCGCGUCCAGCCUCAAGGCUGGGAUAACACAGGCGAGAGUCCUACACUAGAACAAGAUCAUCAU